AGUUCCCCGACCCCCAUCUCCGCGGUCAGGUCCUUGCAACAGCAUCGCUUUUCCCUCUUCGCUCUCCGGUCCGCCACCAUCCUCCCCAGGACGUGCUGCCCUGUGCCUGCAACCAUGUGCCGCACCCUGGCCACUUUCCCCAACACCUGCCUGGAGAGAGCCAAAGAGUUCAAGACACGUCUGGGGAUCUUUCUUCAUAAAUCAGAACUGAGCUCCGAUACUGGGGGUAUUAGCAAAUUCGAGUGGGCCAGUAAGCAUAGCAAAGAGAGAAGCUUCUCAGAGGAUGUGUUGGGAUGGAGAGACUCUUUUGAUUUGCUGCUGAACAGUAAAAAUGGAGUGGCUGCCUUCCAUGCCUUCCUAAAGACGGAGUUCAGUGAGGAGAACCUGGAGUUCUGGCUGGCCUGUGAGGAGUUCAAGAAGAUCCGAUCAGCCACCAAACUGGCCUCCAGGGCUCACCACAUCUUUGAUGAAUACAUUCGCAGUGAAGCCCCUAAAGAGGUGAACAUAGAUCACGAGACCCGAGAACUGACCAAGACAAACCUCCAGGCCGUCACUACCAGUUGCUUCGACGUGGCUCAGGGGAAGACCCGCACGUUGAUGGAGAAGGACUCCUAUCCGCGCUUCCUCAAGUCACCUGCUUACCGCGACCUGGCUGCCCAAGCCGCGGCCACCUCCACUUCUGCAUCCAACAGCAGCCCAGCUGAGCCGUCACACACUUGAGCCUCUGCAGCAACUAAGAAGCCGGCAGGAAGAGAGGUGGAGUCGCCCAUCCCUGAAGCAGCUGCCCUGUGUGGGAGGCAGGUCCUGCGCAGCAAGUGCGAGAGGAUAGUGGAGGGACAGACGGACAUCCCCGCAGCUUGAGUGUGAAGAACUUCCCUUUCCUCCAAACACUGUGGUGGGCCCAGUGUCGGAGAGACUCAUUUCCAGGACCUGUGGCUGGGGACUGACAACGAGGCUGAGUGGGGUGCUCAGGAGAAGGGUGGCCCAGAACUUCCGUUCUUUCUACCAGGGCACACACAAAGAAUGCUGGGGUGGUUGGGAACAUUGAGAGCAGAAGCCAGAGAGCAUAGCAACUAUGUAUGUGCCAGACUUUUGUCCCUUAUUCCUAGACUGGGUUUAGAAAAGGCUAUGUGUGUGGAACCUUCCUCUCCUGUCCUUGCCUUCCCAGGGACACCCAGGGCCCCGUAGCUUAGGCUUCUUAACAUUGCUGUGCUCAUUCUUGCAGUCUCACGGAAGUCAAUGAGUCAGUAGGAUUCUUGCCCCAGAUGAGAUUUCUAUACCUCAGAAACUGGCCCUCGAGCCCCUUACCGGGUCAGUAAUGAGCCCUGCAAAAGAAGCCAUUUUGCUCAUGUGACCCUAGGCUGGGUGCUCUCCGUGGCCCCCUGACCUCACAUUUGCAGCAGGGGUCUGCUUGUGAAUAGGGCUAACUGAGAAGCCUCACUGGACCCUGCGCUCCUUGGAAGGGGUCUAGGGAUGGAGGGGGAGGAAGGAGGCUUCAAGUACUGGGGCCAGCACUCAUCCAGCAACUGAGCAAGGGAGAGAAGUCACUGGAAAAUCCAUCUGUAGGAGGAGCCCAAAAGACUAACUGAAGUCAGAUCAGUUCUCUUUAUGGGUCUGAAAAUGGGAAAAAGAUGCCCCCCCCCCUCCUGGUGGAAGGGGAGCCUUGUGCCUCUUUCCUGUUGACAUGAGAUGAGAUGCCCACUGUAGUUAGGGGAGAAGUCGGUCAGGGAUCAAGAAAGCUCUGGAACAGAAGUUAGUGCAGCCAAGGGAGUAUUGCCGCUGUGGGAGGUGCCUGGAAGGUUGGAGCUGGGGGAAACCAACCUGCCUAUCACCUCUGAGUCUUACGAACAAACAUUCCAAGGUGGGACGUCCAGCACCAGAGACCAAGAUGGCUGUGGAGACCCAGGUUGCCAGCAUUGUUCUCUCUGCACUUGAGUCUUCUCCGGGAGAAAAUUCUUUUAAAUAUAAUAUAUUGUUCUGUUGUGUUGUACUGAUUGUCUCAGCUGCUAUUGUUAUUUAUUGUGAUUUGUUUGCCUGUACUGAAGAAACUCAGCGGGAGCUGCUGCCUGAUCGCGCCUCCUCCCUACCAGACUCUACCUCUGCAAGCCUUGGGAACCACUGAGGGCUGUUGGGGAAUUCCCCACUGUGUUAGUAUUUAUUUAUUGUUAACAAAGGGAGCUGGGUUCUUUUAUCAGCGGUGUACGCGAUCCCUGUUUUUCUGUUUGAGCAUGUUAUAUUCUUGUAAAAAAAAAAUGAAAAUAAAACUCAAAAAUAAUAUCCCA